UUCACUAUACCAGCCGAUCUGAGAUCUGCUAGAAUAACAGCCACGUUGGUAUAAUUCAGACAGGCAUUACUAGUUGCUUGCAGAGGCAUGAUACAGUAGGGUUGGAUUAGGCUUCAAUUCCCGGGAUAUUUGAUUUCUAAUGGCAUCAUAUAUAGUGCAGUGUACCUAAAAGAAAAUUGAGCACGAUUUAGAUUAGAGUUUUUGUCUCCAACAAAAAAACAAAACAAUAUUAAGGUAUUAAGCCUGACUUUAUUCUGCCGUUCCCAUUGUGUCAUUCCCAUUAUUUCACAAUAUUGGGUAACAGUACUGUCACACAACCUCAUCUGUUCUCAAGAAUAUGGAAGUUCCAUUAAUUAGAGAAGGAAAGGACUAGUAGUAAACCAAUGCUUCCAAAGUAUUACAUAGUAUUCAAUGAGUGCAUAAUUCCUACAUUGAUGAUCUAGUCAGACAAUCUUUCAGUUGACUGAGCUAUUAUGUUGUAUGUUUUGUAUAAUGUUUUUUAACUGUUCAAAUUGCUAUCUUGCUACAUGUAAAGCACUUUGUGAUUUUAUCUGUGAAAGUUGCUAUAUAAAUAAAGCUUACUUACUGUUAUAAUGCUAAUAAUGACACAUUUUUACCAAAAAUGUACACAUUAAUAUUACAAAAGUUACUUGUCAUUACCAUAAAAUAAGUUACUUUGUGAUAUUAUCCUAUAAUGUGUGUUGUGUAAAGUGCUACCCAUACUUACUUUGAUAUCACACACUUACUUUACCUUGCAGUUCAGGUGAACAAUAAAGACAAAUUUAUGUUGUUUUUUUAUCUUUAUAGUGACAUUGGAAAGACAUCAUGUGAUAUGCUCACAUCAGGUCCUCCCACAGAAUUAAAUAUUUUGUUACGUGGCAUGUCGAUAAUUAUAAUUUAUUUUUGUUUUGUUUGUAGUGAAAAUGCCAGGUGGAUCAACUCUUCGACAGUGCACCCAUUGCCUGGAAAAGAUAAAUUGUGCCAAUAGAAGAUGCACCAAGUGUGGGAAGCUGCUGGACAUGAAGUCCAGGCAGACGACCCGUAUGAAAGGGUUCCGGACCAGAGCCACGGAAUGGGCACAAAAAGUCAAAAAGUCCCGCAAUCAGGCAAAGAUUUUUGACAACAGUGCCCUGCUGGUGGAGAAACUGAAGGCCCUUGGGUACUUUCCCCUCCUGCUGUGGGGAAAGUACAGACCACAAAACAAAAAGUGGAGGGCCCAGCUCCAGUACCCCUUUGAGCUGCCAGUGGUAGCGCAUGUGGUCCUGGAGAAGAUAUUGUGCCUAUUUGAAGGUUUGUUAGAAGGAAGACAGCUGUCAAAAUUUCCGCUAAAAGUAAAAGAAGCCAAAACAAUGAUGAUGCUUGCCAGUAUCACAGCACAUUGGACAUUUUCCCAGUGCAAUAUGUGUCCAAGACACGUGAAAAAAAAGGGCUGUAAAGAAGUCCUGGUCCAUUGGCUCCCGUGUCCGUCAUGCCAAAAGGCCUGGCCCCCAUCUUGGGAACCGCAGGAGAACAUCAGAAUGACUGUCUCAUAAAUGUCACAUUGAUGGUGCAAAGAAACAAAUGUUGUGUAUAUUAAAUUGAUUACAUAUAUGUUGUAAAUUAAAUGGUAUUUGUUUAUAAAUCUGUUUCAUUAUUUGUUCAUUAGGGCUGGGUGUUGGGAAGGCAUCACAUCCAAUAUUUCCAUCAUCCAAAAGGCCAAUCGUUGUAUUGUGCAGUUUGCCUUUUCACAACCUUCCACCCAGAAAAGCUAGUUUGCAUUGUCUGGCACUUCCUAUGAGCAUUUCACAAUAAAAGUUCUGU